AUGUCGGCUACGCAGUUACUCAAUCCCAAGGCGGAAUCGAGGCGGAGAGCGGAAGCCCUCAGGGUGAACAUCAGUGCCGGUGAAGGUCUUCAGGAUGUGUUGAAGUCUAACCUGGGUCCCUCGGGGACAUUGAAGAUGUUGGUGGACGGUGCUGGCGGAAUUAAGUUGACCAAAGAUGGAAAUGUUCUCCUGCGGGAAAUGCAAAUUCAAAACCCCACAGCCGUCAUGAUUGCUCGCGCUGCUACGGCGCAGGAUGAUAUCACUGGCGAUGGAACGACCUCUGUUGUCUUGUUGGUGGGAGAACUGUUGAAGCAGGCGGACCGUCACAUCAGCGAGGGUCUGCACCCUCGAGUGGUGACAGAUGGCUACGAGAUCGCGAAGAACGAGACUCUCAAGUUCCUCGACCAGUUCAAGCUCGAGCGCACGAUCGACCGAGAACUCCUCUUGUCUGUUGCCCGGACGUCGCUCAGCACGAAACUCAACAGUGCCCUCGCCGAGAAACUCACGCCCGAUAUUGUCGAUGCCGUUCUCGCCAUCCACAGAGCCCCUGCCAAGCCAGACCUUCACAUGGUUGAAAUUAUGACUAUGCAACAUCGGACGUCCUCUGACACCAAACUCAUCCGCGGUCUCGCCCUGGACCAUGGCGCCAGACACCCUGACAUGCCCAAACGGGUCGAGAAUGCCUUCAUCCUGACCCUGAAUGUCAGUUUGGAAUACGAAAAGUCUGAGAUUAACUCCGGUUUCUACUAUUCGUCCGCCGAGCAGAGAGAUAAGUUGGUGGAGAGUGAGCGCAAGUUCGUGGAUUCGAAGCUGCAGAAGAUUGUGGAGCUGAAGAAGCAGGUCUGUGGCAAUGACCCGAAGAAGGGAUUCGUUGUCAUUAACCAGAAGGGUAUUGACCCUCUGAGCUUGGACGUCCUGACCAAGAACGGAAUUCUGGCCCUGCGCAGAGCUAAGCGGAGAAACAUGGAGCGUCUCCAGCUUAUUUGUGGUGGUGUUGCUCAGAACAGCGUGGAAGAUAUGACGCCCGAUGUUCUCGGAUGGGCUGGUCUGGUUUACGAGCACCAGCUCGGCGAAGAGAAGUACACCUUCGUCGAGGAGGUCAAGGACCCCAAAUCGGUUACCAUCCUGAUCAAGGGACCCAACCAGCACACCAUCGCUCAAGUCAAGGAUGCCGUCCGCGACGGAUUGCGCUCGGUAUACAACACCAUCGUGGACCAGAGCGUCGUUCCUGGAGCUGGCGCGUUCCAGGUCGCCUGCGCGGAGCACCUGAAAUCCGACAAGGUCACCAAGACGGUCAAGGGCAAAGCCCGGUACGGUCUGGAAGCCUUUGCGGAUGCCCUUCUGAUCAUCCCCAAGACCCUUGCCGCCAACUCUGGCCAUGAUGUUCAGGAUUCCCUGGCGGCUCUGCAGGAUGAGCUGAAAGAAGGUAACAAUGCGGGCCUGGACCUCACCACGGGUGAACCGAUGGACCCCGUACAGGAAGGCGUUUUCGACUCCUACCGUGUCCUGCGGAACUGCAUCGCUUCCAGCACGGGUAUCGCCUCUAACCUCCUCCUCUGUGACGAGCUCCUGAAGGCUCGGCAGAUGGGUCGGCAGGGUGGACCUGGUGGCAUGGACGAGUAA